UAACGUUAAGGGCUUCUCCGUUAUGGCCAUGAGAAGAGCAUGUGCUUCUCACGAAUUUAUUAACUGCGUGCCAAAGAUUUUUCUAGCUGAACAACCCUUUCAGUUGUAGGCUAGCGUUACUUUUAGCGUUUUUCUCACCACGAUCGACUGCUUCUCUCUUUUUGAGACGACACAGCUAUUUAUAGUUUAUGCACAAAUGUGUAUGUCAGUGUGUGGUGUGGCAGUUCUGCAGUUUUGCCGUGUAGACAGACUAUCCAAGGGUACAAGCAGUCUUCUGUUAGAAUGUGCAUCCUAGCACAAGUGGACUGGCAGAGGAUGAAGAUGAGGAUGACUACUCAGAGCUCACCCCAGAUUCUUCGGGGGCUACAAGCACAUCUGUGAAACUCUGAGCUGGGCUGGUCAUGAUGGCGGAAAGGAAACACCUGGUCAGAGAGUUUAAUCACUUCAUCACCUGCUAUCUUUGCAAAGGUUACCUGAUCAAACCAACAACAGUCACAGAAUGCCUGCACACCUUUUGUAAGAGCUGCAUCAUCCAGCACUUUGAGGACAGUAAUGACUGUCCUAAGUGUGGCAUCCAGGUCCAUGAAACUAACCCUCUGGAAAUGCUACGGUGUGACAACACUCUGGAGGAGAUCAUCUUUAAACUGGUGCCUGGCCUCAGAGAGAAAGAAGAAGAGCAGGAAGCCGAGUUUUGGAAGAGGAAUCAGUUGAAAGACAACGGCCCAGGGGACGGGCUCAGGUGCAAGAAGCAGAGGAGUGAGGAAGAUGAGGAUGAAGAUGAUGACUACCACCGGAGCGACCCACAGAUCGCCAUCUGCCUCGAUUGUCUCCGUAACAACAGUCUGUCAGGGGAAAACACAGUCAAGGACCUGAUCAAGAGAUAUAUACGCUGCUCCAGUCGAGUCACCGUGGGAACCAUCAAAAAGUUCCUCAGCCUGAAACUACAACUUCCAAGCUCCUGCGAGCUGGAUGUUCUGUGUAAUGGUGAGAUCAUGGGAAAGGACCACACUCUGGAGUUCAUAUACAUGACCCGCUGGAGACUACACGGUGACAACGCUUAUCCUAUGGUUCUGGAAUACAGGCCUAGAAUAGACUUCGGGUAAGCUGAACACAAAUUUUGGGGGAAGAUGACACGAUCGCCGAGCGCAACCUUUAGAGAGAAGGACUAGAAAGACUCGAGUAUGUGGAGUAAAGACUUUACAAAACACUUUUCAGUAGUUUUUCAUCCUUUAACAUGAGGUUGGCAUGAUGUUUUUCAUCCUGCCAUGAUUUCUUUCUUGCUGCCUGUGCCCUUCCAGUUUUGGUGCCAAAGUUUUCUUCAACAUUUACUGCAAAGUCACACUUAGUUUAGUUAUAGGUGCAUCUGUCACAAUGUCAUUAUGCAGGGUUAUACUUACAUGAGCUAAGCCCUGGUCUGCUGUUAAUUUAUGUAAUUAUGUCAGCAGAACACUGGAAAUAAGAAAAUGUAUUUUCCAGGUCUUGCUCAAUCUCUUUCACCAAGAAAUGUAGAUGACAAUAUAUUUCUGAUUAGGUCUUCAUCACACUAAAUAAACAAAUUAAACACAACAUCACAGGACAUCCACCAACAGGUUCCAAAGGGUCUGAAUCAUAGACACUCAUCUUGUCUCCUGGUCCAGUUAAUAGCAGGUUUGACAUUCACUUCUGCAAGCAGCUAUCAGGCGACUACAGCGCUUGGACACCCACAAGAUAGACAUGAACACACACGGACACACACACCACAUAGACGUGGAAGAGAUUCGAUCAUCCUGAGAUUGAUGUAACUGCUAUCCCAUGUGCAGCUUUAAAGAUACGCCUGUCUGUUAUUAGGCUGUGCAUGUUAAGCUUUGUGGCAUGAGGUACUAGUACCCCUGUAUCAUGACCUCUGUAAUUCCAUAAAUACAGUGCCCAAAAAGCUGUCUAGCUGCUUCUUACGUUAAACUGUUAAUGUGAUGUUCAGCCUCUCAGCCAAUACACACUGGUGUUGGUAGAUAUGUCUGUCCUACUGCACUUGUUCCUACUGCACUUGUUCCUACAGUGUGUUCCUGGGUAGACUGCAUUAUUGCUGUACUGGCAUCGGUAGCAGUAUAGUUUUUGUAUAUAGACAAAUCAAUUAAGCAUGUACAUAUUCAAAAUGUUUUAUGAAUAAUAUAUUCUAUUUUUAAAUGUGUGUACCUGUGCCUGAGUUUUUGGGGGAAGUUCUAGAAGUUUAGUCUUUUUCUGUACCUGGCUAUUUGUAUUCUGUUCAGGAAUGAAUUAAAUGUUUUUCACUUUG